GUUCAUUUGACGUCGACGACGACACACCAAACAAAAUCGGUAUAGAUCUGAGAACGGAAGGUGAACAACUAGAGAGGAACUACUGGUUGUUGGUUUACACAAUUUAUAGGUAUGGUGAACAAGCCUAA